GGUAGGCUCUGGAAAAUCUGUUAUAAACUUUUACAACGAAACCUUCUGGGUCCACGUUAGGUCGUAAAAUCCAAAUUUUAUUUUCUUUAAGAAAAAAAGAGAAAAAGCUGGAGGACAGAAGAGGAGCACAAGUAACUUAAUACAGACCAAGCCUUAGCAACACUCAUAGGGCAAGGUAAGGUAACGUAGGCAAACGACAAUGUCCUCGCCGCCCAAGUCCCCGAGGUCCUUGCCACAGAGGCCUACUAGGACCUUGGCGCCUAGGACCUCGCCGCCUAAGACCUCGCCGCCCAUGUCACCGCCCCCGCGGCCCAUACAACCUUCCCAGCCGAAGGCAAGGUCCACGGGCUCUCAACAGACGGCAAAUCAGCGGGCACCAACUCGCAAGGCGGCAAUGGCCCCGGCGCCCAAGUCGCCCAGGUCCUUGCCGGCCAAGUCCAAGUUAUCCAAGUCCUUGCCGCUCAGGUCUCCGCCGCCCAGAUCCGUAAAGCCCAUUUCACCGCCGCCGUUCAAACAACUACACCCACCGGUGUCACACUCCACAGGCUCCCUUCACCAGGGGACACCACCUCAAAGGGCGGCGUUGUCCCCGGCCCCCAUGACACCCAGGUCCUUGUCGCCCAUGACGCGGCCACCGCCGACGCUCAGAUCACCGCCGCCGCUCAGGCCACCGCCAACGAUCAGGUCACCACCGCCGCUCAGGUCACCACCGUCGCUAACGUUACCGCCGCCUGUCAAAUCACCGCCGCUGCCCAGGCUCUUACCGCUCAUCUCAUCGCCGCCGUCACUCAGGUCACCGCCGACACUCAGGUCACCGCCGCCUCCCAGGCUCUUGCCACCCAGUUCCUCGCCGCUCAAGUCACCGCCACCGCCCGUUCAACCGCCCCAGCCAAAGUCCACGGAUCCAUGGACACCACGUCGAAAGGAGGGGAUGUUCAUGCCGCCCAUGUCACCCAGAUCCUUGCCGCUCAAGUCACCACCGCCCAGGUCAUUGUCGAUGUCCCCGCGAUGUAAUCAGACCGGCAACAGCAGCCGGAAUGGGGAUCCAGGACGCAUGCCAAAAAAGAGGCUUCCUGAUCCCGCCAAUAUGAAUAUCCUGAAGGCCGCCUUGCGAGUGGUCCAUGAGAUGGACUCUGCCAAUCUGAAGAAACUGCAACGUCAUUUGCGCUGUCAAAUGUCUGAUUACAAUUCAAGAUGUUAACUAUACUAUUUAGUCACAUCAGAAUUCCAAAAAAUUAAUUUUUAUCAAGACUUUUUUCCACAAGAAAGCGCCAUACUUUAAUACUCAACAAAUGUAUGUUAAAUUAAAGGUAUAAUUAUAAUU